AUCUUACAAAUAUAGCCUAUUAGUGAAGCCGUAGGGCAAGUCAUGCUGCAAAGUUCAAGCCACUGGAGUUCACAAGGAGCCAGGACUUGCUCUUGCAAUUGUAAACAACCUCAGUGGCUCUAAUUAAGCUGCUGGCCGUGUGCAACCUGGAGUGCUGGACAGAGGUGUUCUUUAGUUACUGAUCAAAGAACACAAGUGGGACAACAAAGCUUAAAGAACAUAAAACAGAGAACACAGGAAGCUUCAUGUUACCAAUAUGGGGCAUAAGGUGAUUGUAUUUGACAUUUCUGUCAUAAGAGGAUUGUGGGAAACCCGUGUCAGGAAGCAUCAAGAACGGCAGAAGAAGGAAGCUGAAAGAUUGGAACAAAGUGCUUUGGAAAAGAUAAAAGAAGAAUGGAAUUUCGUUCAAGAAUGCAGAAAGAAAGGCAUUCCCCAAUCUGUAUACUGCAAGAAUGGUUUUGUAGACACCAAUGUGAGGCUUUUGGAGAGGAUAGAAAAGAACUCAUCACUGACAAAGGAAUCGCUUUCCAAGGACAGAGGAAAAAGAAAAAAUAAAUUCAUUUUUGAACUUUCAGGGACGGAGUGGAAGGAACUCCCAGAUUCCCUUCAGGAACAAACUCAUCUAAAAGAAUGGCACAUAGAAAAUACCCUGAUUCAAACUAUUCCUACUUAUAUUCAGUUCUUUCAGGCGAUGAGAAUUCUGGAUUUGCCAAAAAACCAAAUCACACAUCUUCCUGCUGAAAUUGGUUAUUUGAAGAGCCUGAAAGAACUCAAUGUGAGUUUCAACCAUCUGAAGAGUAUUCCUCCAGAAUUAGGAGACUGUGAAAAUCUGGAGAAACUGGAUUUGUCUGGAAAUCUAGAAUUAACGGAGCUUCCAUUUGAACUAAGUAAUUUGAAACAAGUUACAUUUGUAGAUGUUUCAGCAAAUAAGUUGUCCAGUAUUCCUAUAUGUGUUCUCCGGAUGUCAAAUCUACAGUGGUUGGACAUCAGCAGCAAUCACCUAAAUGAUCUUCCACAAGAUAUAGACAGACUGGAAGAACUGCAGACUUUUCUCUUACAUAAAAACAAAUUGACCUACCUCCCUCAAUCUUUACUCAACUUAACAAAGCUCACUUUAUUAGUAGUCAGUGGGGAAGGUUUGGUGGAGAUUCCAACAGCUAUUUGUGAGUCAAGCACUUUAAAAUUUGUAAGCCUUAUGGAUAACCCAAUUGGCAAAACCAACUAUCAAGACAGUGAAGAAAUGACAGGAAGUGAGCAAGAUCUUCAGCAUUUUGAAAAGGAGUUUAUGAAAGCCUACAUUGAAGAUCUAAAAGAAAGAGAAUCUGUUCCUAGCUAUACAACAAAGUUAUCAUUUAAUCUUCAACUUUGAUAUCAUCCUUCAGGAAGACAGAAAAAUCCCUUGAUUAUGGUCAUUAUGAGUGGAAACUUUGGCGUUCUCAGCUAACUCAAGUGUCCUUUAAGUAUAACAAACUGAAUUUAUUUUCAUUCAUAAAAACAAUGGGAUGUGCUUUAGAACAGAAUUCAAGAAACUUUGAUAGGAAAUGAUCAUUUAACAUUUUAGUAAAUAUGUGAUUUUUAAAGCUGCAUUUUUACAGACCAAACUUAUAAGCUGAUAGUAUCAUUUUCAAAAAUAUAGAAUUUUAGAUUAUAUUGCUCUUUUAAACAUAAUUUGUAAAGUUUUAUUUUUUUAGAAUUAUUUUCAUUGGUUUAUAAAAACUGUAUUUUCCAUAGAUUUUAAAUGUUACUGUUUUUUAAGUGGAGGUUUCCACAUCUGGAUCACACAUUCAAUCCAGUAGAUAUUUAUUAAAUAUAUGAUAUGUACCAGGCAUUGUGCUGUGUGCUGGACAUACAAGUAAUAAAAAGAAUGAUAGUCCUUUCCUGCAAAAAGAUUAUAACCCAAAGCAGGAGGCAGAUAACACACACAAAAAUCAAUCAGGAAUGGGGUGAAUAAAGACUAGGGAUUGCGUAGGUGUGAGAACAUCUUGUUCCAUGGAAUUGAAAUCAGAUGAAGCAGCAGAUGGAGAGUGGAGUGAAAUAAAAAGUCCAAUUUCUGUCCUCUAUAAAGAAAGCCAUUGGGAAGUUUAGCUUAUUAUGUAAGCAAGCGGCUGCUUAAAGUACUGAAAAGGAGAAUUUGGUAGAAGAAUUUUCAAAGGGCUAGCAUUGCAGGAGGUCAAUUAAUGGCUAUGAGAAUCACCUAUUUUUAGGAUUAUUCCUCUUAUCUUCCUUCUUCUAAUUCCAUAAACUCAUAAAGCAGCCUUUCAAUUAUACAGUUUAAAUUUCUAUGACCAAAAACUGGAUUAUAGAUAAGUAAUAACAAUAUUGAGGCCUCUUCUGACAACCAUGAUGAUGAGGAUGAUGAUAAUUGAACUUUAUAUAUAACAUUUGAUAUAUUAUUUUAUUUUUGCCACUUACUAGCAUUGUGUGUAGGUAUUAUAGGCAUUAUUUCCAUUUUACAGAAGAGGAAAUUGAGUCUCAAGGAAGUGAGAAUGAGAGGUGGAAUUUGAACUCUGAUGUCUUUGUGAGAUAGUACUAACACUCUUCCCAUUAUGCUCCACUGUGCAAUGUAAAACUGUUUCUGUUCACUGUAAGCCAAUUUAUUUUCGCUACAACAAAUAUAAAAUGAUUUUACAAGUGUAAAGAUGUCAAAUAAACAGAUGCAAUCAUGGAAACCAUACUAACACAGUUAAGGAUUUAGUAGUGUACUGUUAAAAUUAAAGAAUUUCUUUGCAAAUAGAUUAAAAGAUUAAGGAGAAGCAAACUAAUAUUACUACAACUCUAAAUAAAAAUAUUUUUGUUAAAAUUA